GGGAGGAAGCUAAAGUCUCCGAAUCGGAGUGUCACGGACGUUGUGCUUCCGAGUCCACACCGGCUUGUGCUCUUCAUUCAACAACCUACAUAGUGGCGCAACGGUGUGAUCAAUCACUUAUCUAGCCGCUUGCAACGUGUGCGCGUGGAUAUUCUAACGUUCCAUCCUUAGCCCAGGUAUUCUUGCAGGCCCAUCGGAAGUCCGUGCUUGAUCCGUUUUCUGACAGUGCAUGUCGAAGGGGGGCUUAACCAUCUUUGCCAAGGCACACUCCGGCUGACGUUGAGAUCCCAUCCACGCCAUGUCCUACUCAGCCCUGCAGAACGGCAGCAGGAAUAUGCCAGCCUUCCCAAACUCGGGUCACUUUCCAACUUACCCCGUAACCCAUUCCAUCGCUCCCAGCACACUCCCCCAAGUCUCUAGCCAGCCAGCCAAGCCAAUCCCUUCGUUGCCAGUCACUAGUUCGUUCAAGGCUCCCGCGCACAAGCAUGCUCAUCAUCUGCACUCCAUUCCCCCUCGGGAGAAAUCGACUAGAACCCUUAUCAUAGACCACAUGCUAUGGGUUCAUUCUCGCACCCGAUUCGCUCAAGCUCGCGCAGAGUUGGGCAUGACGGAUCGCACUGGUGGUCCCUCUUCUCUUAAUUAUGCUUAUCGAGAACGUCCCGAACAAUACGAGGAGGAUGAAGAGGUUGUUAGCGAUGGAGAAGAGGCUAGCAUGUUGGAGGCGAGGGAAGGUGGUGCCCGUCUCAACGAUGAGGAAGAGAGGAAACAAAGACAAGAUCUGGACCUUGCUGCAAGGCUCAGAUUACGUGCCGUAGGUCUUGAAAAGGUAGUGACAUCAAUGUUGGAGCAACCUCCACCAGUACAUUACCCCGUGCUGGACGAUGACCCCGUGACCCCAACCAACUCACCGAAGCGGGGUAGCAAGAGCCAUCCCCAUACAUUGCCCAACGGUGUCCGUCUCCGCUUGUCUCUUGGCACUGUGGUCAACGACCUGUUCUCUCGUCAGCCCCCAACAUCUCCUUAUCGACACCAUCACCACCCUCCGCCUAUCAUUGUUUCGACGGAUUCUGACCAGGGCUCUUCUGAGCCUCUCAGUCCCAGUACUUCCCCUGCUCCUCGUAAUGUCUCACCUAAUCCUUCCACCAGUGCCAGUGCCAUUUCAUCGUCAUGCUCUGGUGACCCCCCGGGAACGUUACCGCCCUCUCUGGCGCUCUUGUCAUCGAUAUCACUUCCGGCCUCCAAGCGUCCGUACUCCCAGAUCCAGACCUCGCAGCCUCUUUUGACCAUGCCCCUCCACCAAAAUGUUACCAGUUUGAACACCCGAGCUAGGAAUAUGUAUAUGGGUGGCACAGACCACUCAACAACAAAUUCUUCACCAGGGUUGCGCUGCUCGAGGCAUCUUCAUGCAGGUUGUGAGAUUUGUGUCGCGGCCAAGCAGCCCUCUAAACCUCCCGGAGGUAUCGGGAGAAGCCGGGCAAUAUCCACGGCCGGUGGUUCUACCACCAUUGGGAGUAAAUCAGCUUCCCAUACGGCCCAUACAACUUUCGGAAAGAGUAUGUGGGGAAGCAACGGAGGAGGUGUAACAGGGUGGCAAGACGGGAGUGGAAUAGGUACAGGGCUUGCCCAGCCUGGCAUACACGGCAGCGUUUUGCGCCGAAAGUCGAAGUGGUCUAUCGCCGAAGGUGACAAUGAUCAUGCGGGGAAUACUAGUUCAUCCGCGGGUAACCCACGGUUAUGGGAGCUCAUCCCUCGAUUCCUCCGACUGUCAGCCUUGGUUUCCGUGGAGCUCGGUCGCGAGCUCGGAGAGGAAGCCCACAGCGUUCCAGAAGGCGAACAUAGUCAGGGAAGGAUCGCUGACGAAACCUCCAUGCCAACGCCAACCUCUCCGUCUCCGUCGCCUUCCAGACGACCCCGUUCCGAGGCAGAGGCUCCCCCAUUACAUCCAUCCCGGGAAUGGUACAUGCUCCUAGCUGGACUUCUCACCAGAGCUGCCUUGGAGGGAUACCUCACAGCUGGUUGGCGGGGCGCCGAUGCCACAGAGUGUUUACUCUCAGUCGGUCGCAGCAUCAACGAUGGUGUGGAUAUAAAUGAAGAAGAAGAUCUUGGAGACGCCACGUUUGAGUGGUUUGACCCGGAUGACUUGCCUGGUUUGAAGGAGGCUACGCGGGUCCUUUUCCCUUCUCUGCGUGGUGGUGUCUCGAACAGCAUGGCGCAUAGGCGCGACACCGUGGAGGCCGCAUUCCACAUGGAAAUGGAGGCUCGCGUUCGACGAUUCUUUGAUAUUCCUCAACAAACGCGAGAUCUAGUGACACACAUGGAGGACCUGGCAUGGCAUUACCCUGCAGAGCCUGUCGAGCGAGCUGCCUUGCGAUUUUGUGAGGCCGUCGCCAAGUGGCGGGGAAAGCCCGAACUGGAGAGUUACAAAAAGAAACCCAAAGAACAAGCUUUUCAAGGAGCCAUGAACAUGACCAUGGAGUCAUUCGUUCAUUCUAACCCCACUAGCCCUACUGUGUCGGGCUUCGCCACUCAACAUGGCGUCUCCCAAUCACCUCGCCGGCCACCUAUUGAAAAGUACUUUAUCGUACCCGUACCGCAAACCGUUGCUAGCGGUCGGAACAAGAGGCAACGGUCCUCCUUCGACGACCUGGAGCGGUCUGUUAAGAGAGUGCACUGAGACUGAGACUCUUGGCAUGACACGGGUCCUGUGGUGUUUUCAUUCUGCAUCGGUUCACUGGAUUCACUCUUUACUGUACAGUAUCGUUAUCUUUCUCAUUUAUCUUACUCUCCGUCGCCAAGGUUCGACCAGUUGUAUGUUGUAUGAAAUCAUCGAAAUGUGUUUCCCGUCGUCUUCAGUGUGUUCCGUUCUUGGAUGAACCUCCCUGGCCACCGCUAAUCAGAGACCGGUUAAAAGCUCCCGAGACACAGCGUAACUUGUAGACUAAGCGCCGGC